AAAGCCAUGAUUGAGAUAAUUGGCCUCCCGACAACCAGUCAUGAUUGAACUCUUACCAUUCCUUCUCUUCUUUCUAUAUAAUCUUCUAUUUCCUUGCCCUUCUUUCUUACAUUACCCAUCACUUUUAUCUCUCUCUUUCUCCUUUCUUCACACCCGACAAUCUAAACUACAUACGAGAAAGUGUGUUUGGCAAAAGAGAAAAAAAAAAAAAAAUCAAAGAUGGCGGAAAAAGAAGAUCUGGGUUUGAGUCUGAGCUUGAGUUUCCCUCAGAAUCACCACUCUUUACAGCGAAAUCUUAGGCCUUCGCUUGUUCCUUCCUCUGCUAAUUCUUGCUCUUCUCCUUCUACUUUAACCCUUAACAAACACUCAUGGAAUGAUUCUUCUCCUCCUUCAGAUCAUAACUCGGAAUCAUUCCGGGCGGAGAUGGGGUCAAUUUUUAGAGGAAUCGACAUGAACAUAUUGCCAUCGACUGUAGAUUGUGAAGAAGAAGCUGGGGUUUCAUCUCCGAACAGCACGAUAUCGAGCGUGAGUGGAAAAAGGAGCGAAAGAGAAGGCAACGGAGACGAGCUUGAGAUCGAAAAAUCCUCAUCUCGUGGAAUCAGCGACGAAGAAGAUGGCGACACUUCGAGAAAAAAGCUUAGACUUUCUAAAGAUCAGUCUGCUAUUCUCGAGGAAAACUUUAAAGAACACAACACUCUGAACCCCAAACAAAAGUUAGCGUUGGCUAAGCAGCUGGGAUUACGACCCAGACAAGUCGAAGUGUGGUUUCAAAACAGAAGGGCAAGGACCAAGCUGAAGCAAACGGAGGUUGACUGUGAGUUCCUCAAGAGAUGCUGUGAAAAUCUGACGGAAGAGAACCGACGGUUGCAGAAAGAAGUUCAGGAGCUGAGAGCACUGAAACUUUCCUCCACCCAGUUCUACAUGCAAAUGACCCCACCCACUACCCUCACCAUGUGCACAUCAUGUGAGAGGGUUGCGGUCCCACCCAACCCACCAUCAUCCGCCACCGUUGAUCCACGGUCCCAUCAUCAGCUAGCCCAAACCCAUCAUAGAGCUUUCCACAUGAACCCUUGGGCUCCAUCCGCCGCUCAUAGACCGUUGGAUGCUCUCCGUCCUCGAUCGUAAUUACAACCCAUGAACAAGGGCAUUCCGGUCAACGCAAAAGAAAUCAUGUGUGGAGUAGUAGUCUUUAGGGUCUAGAAGAUAUGGUGGUUAGACUGUGAUUUUGGUGGGUCUUGAUGUUUUGUAUUAUUGGACCCAAACCAAGCUUUUGACAUAUUUAACUAGUUUAAUUUAAUCUUUGGUGAUGCUAA